GCUGAGAUAGGGUAACAAAAUGAACUACUGUAUGCAGGAAAUAUAUGAAGUGCACCCAGCUGCUGGCAGCAGUUGCUACAUGCAGUCCACUGAUUAUUGCACAUAUAUCGAAGAUAAUCAGGGUUACAACAGUUGUGAUGCUCAGGUCCUGCACAGUAACAACAUAUAUAUGGAACAGGCCUGGGCGGUGAAUCAGCCUUAUACCUGUAGUUACCCUGGAAACGUGUUUAAAAGCGAGUACUCUGACAUGGACAUGGCCCUGAAUCAGUACAACCAACCUGAAUAUUUCACCGAAGAAAAACCUACUUUUUCUCAAGUGCAAUCGCCAUCGUACUCUCAGAAGAAAGGGUAUAUACCCAGUUACUUAGACAAGGAUGAGCUAUGUGUAGUAUGUGGGGACAAAGCCACCGGAUAUCAUUAUCGCUGCAUCACUUGCGAAGGUUGCAAGGGUUUUUUUAGAAGAACCAUUCAGAAAAACCUCCAUCCAACCUAUUCCUGUAAAUAUGAAGGAAAAUGCGUGAUAGACAAAGUAACAAGAAAUCAGUGCCAGGAAUGUCGCUUCAAAAAAUGCAUCUUUGUUGGCAUGGCAACAGAUUUGGUGUUGGAUGACAGCAAGCGGUUGGCAAAGAGGAAGCUGAUAGAAGAAAAUCGAGAGAAGAGACGUCGGGAGGAGCUGCAGAAAACAAUUGGGCACAAGCCAGAGCCAACGGACGAGGAGUGGGAGCUCAUCAAAAUUGUUACUGAAGCACAUGUGGCCACCAAUGCACAAGGAAGCCACUGGAAGCAGAAAAGGAAAUUUCUGCCAGAAGACAUUGGACAGGCACCAAUAGUUAAUGCCCCAGAAGGUGGCAAAGUGGAUUUAGAAGCCUUCAGCCAGUUUACAAAAAUUAUCACACCAGCGAUUACAAGAGUGGUGGAUUUUGCCAAAAAGUUGCCUAUGUUUUGUGAGCUGCCAUGUGAAGACCAGAUCAUCCUUCUGAAAGGCUGCUGUAUGGAGAUAAUGUCACUCCGAGCAGCAGUUCGCUAUGACCCUGAGAGUGAGACUUUAACACUAAAUGGGGAGAUGGCGGUGACAAGGGGCCAGCUGAAAAAUGGGGGUCUUGGCGUAGUGUCUGAUGCCAUUUUUGACCUGGGCAUGUCUCUUUCUUCGUUUAACCUGGAUGACACCGAGGUUGCCCUUCUUCAGGCUGUUCUGCUGAUGUCAUCAGAUCGCCCAGGCCUUGUUUGUGUUGAGAGGAUAGAAAAGUGUCAAGAGGGUUUCCUCCUGGCAUUCGAACACUACAUUAAUUACAGAAAACACCAUGUUGCACACUUUUGGCCAAAACUGCUGAUGAAAGUGACAGACCUGCGAAUGAUCGGAGCCUGCCAUGCCAGCCGCUUCCUGCACAUGAAGGUGGAGUGCCCUACAGAACUCUUCCCUCCAUUGUUCCUGGAAGUGUUUGAGGAUUAGAGAGACUGGAGCGGUUCUCUACCCGCCCCCCGUCGCACUACUGGCUGUCAUUUCAUCCCGACUCUUCUCCCUUCUGUUUGUUCUUCUUGUUUCAUUCUCUUCUGUUUCUUGAGGCAGUGUUGGGGUUUUGUUUGGGUUUUUGUUUGGGGUUGCUGGGGGGGCAGUUGUAUACACAUGGAUGAAAACAUCCCUUUAAUGCAGGUACUUGUGACUAUUGCAAUUUGUUCUUCAGUCCUUUGAUGUGAA